AUGAGGGUUCCCCGCAAUUGGCGAAAGGUUUUCCAGACACUCUUCAAUUGGAAAGUGAGGGUUUACCGAUAUAAUUUCCCGGUGAUUCCUCUUGUUAUUGUUGGAACAAUAUUUCUGAAUCUUAUUGGAUUCACAGACUUCUUCUUCGAACGUAAUUUCAAUUCUGGAUUCAGAUGGGCGAAUGUAGAUGUCAGAAGAAAGGUAGGCAUUUGUUAUAUUCUUUGUUUUUUGGACUCUUUCCUCUUCAUUGGCUUGUUUUAGGUAGUGGAUGAGCUAACGGGCCAUAAUCUGUCAUCCGAAGGGUACAUAAAUGAUCUCUCCACCUUCAAGUUACACUCCAGUCAAUUUAAAUGUGAUUACAAUAAGACGUCGCUUUUGAUCAUUAUAAAAUCGGCACCUGAUCGGAUUGAUGUAAGUACAAUGUACUUUUCUUGCAUUGUUCCCAAAUUUAGAGACGAAAUGCAUAUCGGAGAACUUUGCUAAAGGUGAAAACAUAUCAGAAAUGGAGAGUACGAACAAUAUUUGUUCUUGGUCUUGAAGGAAACAAAGUUAAUCGGGUUGUUUCUGAAGCGAAAGCUUUUGGUGAUAUUGUUGUUGGAGAUUUCCUGGAUCAUUACUUCAAUAACACAUAUAAAGUAAGAAGAUGGUCUUUAUCUCACUCAUUUUAGUUGGUAUACUCGAUCAAAACAGCUAGAGAAUAUUGUGACGAGACUCCAUACUUAAUCUCGUUAGAUGAUGAUUACAUGAUUAGCAUUCCCAACAUCAUUAACUACUUAUCGAAGCACACAAAGAAUGAGCAAUUGUAUGCCGGAUGGAGGAUUGAUUCAUCGCCAUUUCGAUUGAGAUUUCAACGGUUUUCAGUCAGUACAAGGUGAUUUGUAUCAAUUAGUUUAGGUUAGCCUGAAGGAGUAUCCAUACAGCUUGUAUCCCCCGUAUAUCACUGGAGGAAUGGUGAUAUUUACUCCUCAAGCGGUUAAAGAGUUCUAUGCGGCCAUCAAAUAUCUCCGGUUCUUUAAAUUUGAUGAUGUUUAUGCAGGCAAGUAUAAUAUAAAUUUGUCAAAAUGCUUGAUAUUCAUGUAAAGUGAGAUUAUAACUUCAGGUAUCAUCGCGUAUUUCCUCGGCUAUAGUCCGCAGAUGUUGGCAACAACUCCAGUUUCCCGAGAAUACAAUGAUUUUGGGGACAAAUUGGGAGAACAUGGAUAUUCGGUCAAAGAAAUUGAAGAAAUGAUGAUGUUCGUGAACAAGGAUGUACAAAAAUAG